AUGAAGGCGAAUGAUGUUCUUACUCCAUUUGUCGAAAAGAAACGAUCACAGCAGUUACCCCAAUCUCAAGCAGCCGCAAACUUUCAGUCUCAACCAUCUCUAAAUGCUUGUCAAGCAUCCAGUUCAAACAAGGAAGAUGGCGCACAAGCAAAGCAGGGGUUAUCUCUUGAUCAGCUACGACUAGAGGAAGAGAAGAGAGUUCUACAGGAAGAACAAAGAAGUCUAAAAGAAAGAGAAGAGAACCUCAAACGAGAAGAACAAGAACAGCAGGAAAGGGAACGUAAGAUCAAUGAGAAGGAAACGGAGCUGUCGAGGAAACAGGUAAGAAAGAGUCAACUAAAAUGUUUCUUUGUAUUUUUACAUUUUUCGAGUAUUUAAAUAAGCAUUUGUUGCACAAAAAGUUUAUGUUGAUAUUCCAGGAAGAAUUUCAACGAUUUGUAAAGGAAAAGGAGAAGGAACUCGAAACGGAACGAAUAAAGGUCCUUGAGUACGAGCAGCAAAGGCAAGAAGAGUUGAGACAGCUUAAGGAACAGCUGAAGAAGAGUCUUGGGCAAGAACAGCUAGGACGUGAAGAACUUCAUCUACAGUAUGAAGAAACGAUAAGAAACAAGAUGAAGAGUGUGGACAUCGACUGGCAGAAUCGAGAUCUUAGUGAAUUUUUUGAGCUAAUAGCGUUUGCUCAAGUGGCCACGUUAGGAUGGACGGAAUGGCUGUGUAUUAUGGACAUUUUUAUGUACAUGAAGGCGUAAGUUGUGCAGUCCAUUUUUUUGUAAACAUGUUAGGGUUGGGGGCAGUGGGAUACUCUCCCCCCCCCCUCCCUCCCAAACGAAAAAUUUGAAAAAGUUGAACGUACUCCUUUCCUGUGGAUUUUUGACCCCCGCCCCAGACCAAAAGUGGCGAUCCGGCCCUGGUGGUAACUUAAUAAUAAGAUUUGUAAUUAAUUAACUGGGAAAGUACCCAUUCUAUCCCGCUCAAAAUCAACUCCAAAUUUUUUAUAUUUUCUUGUACCGCCAAUAGUAUGUACAAAUUUUUAGUUUGCGUUUUUGAGUUUUAAAUUUGAAAUAUUUCGAUUUUCCGCUAAUUGGGUUAAUUUGGCAGUGUGUGUCAAGCACUUUUUUUGACUUUAGACAAGCUAUAGCUAGCUACGCUUACAAUUAAAAAAAUGAAGUUUCAUUUUAGGCAGGUCGGGUACUUUCCUUGUGAAUUUAUUUUUCAGCCUUUCGUAUGAUCUAGAUCCAGGCUGCAGAAGCGAAUGCAUGGAGUUUGCGCUUGGUGUGUUUACCGAUUGGGUCACUUCGUUGAGCAAAGAAGAGCUACAAAGCCAUUGGGCCAAAUAUAUUAAAUAA